UUCUUUUUUUUUCUUGCCUGAGUGACGGUUCCAAAAGCCAACCGAAACGUCAGCAAAAUUGGCUUACUUCCGAUAGCAGACUGGAGAAGGAGGGAUUUUCUCCAUGAAAAGUUUUGACUUCUUUGGUAGGAAGGGGUUGGGGGUUGCGCAUGUCGGCUCUCAGAUGCAUACACUGCUACUGCGACUUUGCGGUUCGGGGCUGUUCCUUUAUGCAUUCCCUUCAUAGCGCAGUCAAGUGGAAAAAAUAUUCUUAAACUUUUUCUUCAGAUUAAAUAUGAAAUGGGAACAGAAGCAUACGCUUUAUUAUGUGGAAAAGAGCAAACAGCCUGCUAUUCGAAGGAAACUCGUGAAGUAACAUGGAUUAGUCAUAUCAGAAUUUUUAGAAUUGUUUGAGGAAUUUUGCACCGUAUCCGAUCUGUAUCAAAUCUAUGGAAAUAGCCGAGCAGGGACGUCGAGAACGGAGCAGCAGUCGUUUCUACGUGAAGUUGAAUUGAAAGAGUGGCUGGGGCUAAGCGACGUGGACCAGCGCCUCUACGUGUUGGAGCGCCUGGAGGAACUGGUGAAGCUACAGGACCAGCAGGAGACCCCCACCGGACCCCCCAGAGACCCCCAUCUCGGUACCUGUCAUGAGCAGCAGAGCCCAGUGAAAGCAGUGCCGGAGGAGCCCAGUGAGAGCAGCCACACAGUUGUUUGUGUUUUGUUUCUGUUCCAUCCUCCAUUUGUCCAUUGUCCUGGUUGGUACUAGUUGGUUCUGAAGAGGGCGAGUCAGAAAAAGGAGAAGAGCAGCAGGAAAUAGCAGUGGAAGUAUGUCGGGGAGAGUAUACUACCAUUGUGACAUUAAUUUUUCUCUCUUUUCCUUCUUCGACUUGGAAGAGAGCCCGGCGGGCGGAUGUCCCAAAGCUGACUUUCUUAUAUUUAUUUAUUUACCACAGAUGUUUCGGAAAAAAGCUUCGUCCUCCUUGAGAAUGAGAAGAAUAUCAGAAAGCAAUAGAUGGAACAUCGACCGCGGGCGCAGUUCGUCCUUCCAUGAGGUGCGUGGUCUUCGGGAGGCUGAGAUGAGGGCGGCGGCCGACGAGACGUCCAGCAGCAGCAGUGGCAGCAGCAACACCGUCCUGCAACGACUCCUCCAGGAGCAGAUGCGCUAUGACGAGGGACGCAACUACCAGCUGGCCAUGCAGGAGCAGCAACGGCAGCGGCAGCAGCAGGAAGGAGGGGUGAGCGGGGGCUACCCGGGCCAGGGAGGCCCCAACGACGACCGGCACGACUCCAUGGUGCCCCACAUCGCACGGCAGGAGCCCCAGGGACAGGAGCUGCAGGCAGACAGUGGCAUGGAGAAACUGGGCUCCCGCGGUGGGGGAAGUAGUGGAGUAGGAGGGAUGAGUGGUGCUGGGGGAGGGAGCGGCCAGGGCCCCAACCCAGAGGACUUACCCACCUACGAGGAGGCCAAGGUGCAGUCGCAGUACUUUCGCGGCCACCCGCACCACCAGCUACAUCAACAACAGCAGCAACAACAACAACAACAACAACAACAACAACAACAACAGUUGCCUCCGUCGGUGGGCGCAGCAUUUUACGUGACUGCCGUAACCAACAAUGGCAAGGUGCGUACGGAGGGGCGUCCCACGGUUCAGCGUCUGAGCAGCGGGGGAAAGGUGCACCAGGACGACGGGCUCAAGGACCUGAAGCAGGGCCAUGUGCGCUCCCUCUCCGAGCGCCUCAUGCAGCUCUCGCUGGCCACCAGCGGGGUCAAGGCCCACGCCCCUGUCACUAGUGCCCCUCUUUCCCCCCAGCUGCCCCCUCCGGGUCCGCCGGGGGACUACUACAAGCCCUCGGGCCAACACCGGGGCCCCCCACCUGACUACCCCUUCAAGAACAUGGGCUCCUCUUCCAAACAGCUGCCGCAGCAUCAGGAACAAGGUGGGCACUAUUACCAGGACCAUCGGCCAAGGGAGCAGGGCAGGAACGAGGUGCCACACGUCCGCUACCAGCCUCCGCCAGAGUACGGCUCUUUCAGGUCCAAUAAGGAGAGCUCCGUCCACUCCCAGAGGUCGGUCCAUCACCACAGCCCCACCUCCUCGGUCACCUCAGUGGGCUCUCUGUCCCGAGCCCAGUCCUCCACCCUCGGUAGUCUCCUCAGCGCCUCCCACCCCUCCCACACACACCCCCACCCCCAGGGGGACCCCUACGCCGCCAUGGCUCCCCGAAGCCCCCAGGGCCCUGGAUCACACCAGGGAGACCCAUAUUGUCCCGGGCCCAUGCACCCUCCAAUUCAGAGGGGCCACAGCUUCCCACACGACCCCUACGGCUCCACCUCCAGGAUGCACCACCAGCAGCACCACCAGUAUCAACAACAACAGCAGCAACAACAACAACUCCAACACCAGCACCAACAGUACCACUCCCAGUCAUCCCAGGGCCACCCUCCCCAGCACUACCCCCACCCCCAGGGGGACCCCUUCGCCAUGAUGUCCCGCGCCCAGCAGAUGGUGGACAUGGUGUCAGAGGAGAACCGGCUGCUCAAGCAGGAGAUGGAAGUGUGCUGCGAGAAGGUCACCAAGCUGCAGAAGUUGGAGACAGAGAUCACGCUGGUGUCGGAGGCCUAUGAGAACCUGGCCAAGUCAUCCACUAAGAGGGAGGCUCUGGAGAAAACCAUGAGGAACAAGCUGGAGCUGGAGGUGCGCAGGCUGCACGACUUCAACAGGGACCUCAGAGAGCGUAUGGAUACUGCCAACAAGCAGCUAGCUGCUAAGGAGUGGGAGGGAACGGAAGACAACCGCAAGACCAUCUCUCAGCUACUCACCCAGAACAAAGAGACGGUGCGUGAGAAGGAGAAGCUGGAGAUAGAGCUGAACUCACUGCACUCUUCCACGGAUGACCAGAGACGACACAUUGAGAUCAGGGACCAGGCUCUCAACAACGCCCAGGCCAAAGUAGUCAAACUGGAGGAGGAGCUGAAGAAGAAGCAGGUAUAUGUGGAGAAGGUGGAGCGCAUGCAGCAGGCCCUGGCCCAGCUCCAGGCUGCCUGUGAGAAGAGAGAGCAGCUGGAGCACCGGUUACGCACGCGGCUGGAGCGGGAGCUGGAGUCACUACGCAUGCAGCAGAGACAAGGCGGCUCCCAGAGCAGCAGCAGUGGUCAGGAGUACAACGUCACGGCUCUGAUGGAGCACCUGAGGGAGAAAGAGGAGAGGAUCCUGGCCCUGGAGGCAGACAUGACCAAGUGGGAGCAGAAGUACCUGGAGGAGAGCGUCAUGAGGCAGUUUGCCUUAGACGCCGCCGCCUCCGUCGCCACCCAGAGGGACACGUCGUCGUCAAUGAUAAGCCACUCCGCCAGCAGCAGCUAUGAGCAGCAGCUGUCAGUGGAGGCUCGUAUCCAGAAGGAGGAGGAGGAGAUCCUGCUGGCCAACCGCCGCUGUCUUGACAUGGAAAGCAGGAUCAAGAACCUGCACGCCCAGAUCAUUGAGAAGGAUGCCAUGAUCAAAGUGCUCCACCAGCGUUCCAGGAAGGAUCCCAACAAGGACCGGGAUGCCGCGGCCACCAUGCGACCCUCCAAGUCUCUGAUGUCCAUCGCCAACACGGGCGGCUCGGGCCUGCUCUCACACAGCUUGGGCCUCAGCAGCUCCCCCAUCACAGAAGAGCGCAAGGACAGCAGCUGGAAGGGCAGCCUGGGAGUUCUGUUGGGUCCAGAGUACCGUACCGAUUCCAUCUCGUCAUCUCCCUCCCCGGUCCUGCCCCUGACAGCAGGCCACUCUAAGACGGGCAGCAGGGACAGCUGCACCCAGACAGACAAGGGCCAGAACCAGGAGGCUAGCAGCAAGCCUAGCACCCCAGCCCUGCAGAGCACGACCCUGCCUAGCCGCCUCUCCAGCCCCAGCCCCGUCUACAUACCUGACCGCAUCGCAGAUGUGCCAGUGUUCCACAGCAGUACCCUGGAGAGGCGUGUCCUGCCACAGUCCCACCCCCAGGCCACAUCAGCCCCUCAACAGGAGGACAACGACAUGGUGGAGAUUCUCAUCUGAACUGAACCAUGUCCUCUAUAGGUCACAGGACAGGAGGACAAUAUGUGUUUGUGCAUAAUCAAUACACACACACACAAACAUUCACAGACACACACUUUCAAAAUAGGUGGAGGAUUGCUUUUUUUGUUUUUUCAACGUUUGGUGUUUAACUAGUUGUCGAGUGACCGAGGGUGUGUUCAAAUGCACAACUUUUUUAGAUGUGCUUUGAUGAACAAUACUUUGUACGGAUUGUGAUUCGGGAGGUUUUAGUGUCAUCAGAGCGAUCAGUGUUGCUGGAGGCUAUUGGUUAACUAGCCCCCUUGGACCAAAUGUAUUGGCUACCAUACGUUGCAUCUAUUGCACUACUUACUUUUUUCACGUUAAGUCUGACUUAGGUAAUCUAUUUAUGUGUAGUAAACAGUACAUUAUUCACCAAUGUUAGACGUGGCACUUGGGUAAUCAGUGAUAUUGUAAACUACAAAACAUUAUUUUAACCUGUAGAUACUGUAUGUAUGGCAUGUGUAUCAUUUAACCGAACUGAAUGGAAUAGGUUUUUAGAAGCCAUUCGGUUACAUGGCACUGCCAGCCAAGGACCACAAUGCACUGUUUAAAGUAUUGGGGGACCGGCCCCCCAUGUCACAGUGGAAAACUUGGGGGAGCGAGACUCACAUUUCUACUGUGGUCCAAUGUGCUGCCUGUGACCCCACUGGAUGGGGUCUGUCUCUUUCGAAGUGCAGCAGUAGAAGAGGUUUGGUGUUCACCGAUGUGCCUAUGCAUCAGUUAAGGUUCUCCACUAUACCUGUUAAGUGUCCUUCAUUCCAGUCAUGCUGGGUUUGAAAUGGUCUUCUGCCCAGACUUGCUUCAAAUGAUAUUAGGCCUGAAAUAGUCCGUUAGGAUUUUAACUACUAGUUUAUGCAAUGAUCAGACAAUCUGGUAAUCAACUGUCUUUCUACACCGAUUGACAUUGUAUUUAUUAAACUAUAUGGCUCUGUUUACAAAGGAAGCCCAAUUCUGGUCUUUUGCCAAUAAUUGGGCAAAAGAUAGGAAUUGGGCUGCCUGGUUAAACGCAGCCUAUGUGGUGAUGUUAGCAGUUGAAAUCCAAGCCAGUUUCACAACCGCACAUGUCCCUUUCUUUUGACCAAAGGUAACAGAAUGAGUUUGUCUGUGGCUUGAUGUGAUAAUGUUAUAUCUAUGAUAUCACAUCAAACUUUCAAACAGUGACUGAAAUAUCCACCCAUAUAACAAUCUAGGUAGCAGUUGUGAGCAUUUUUAAUCCAAAGCCAAAAAUGUGGGACCAAAGAAACACUCCACCAGCCUGUCUCCUGGCCUGACUCCACUAUUGUCUUUAAUGUCAAUAGGUUAAGUGGACAUUUAAAAAAAAAAAAAAAAAAAAUUUUUA